UAUCAGCUUCUAUAUGUCAUGUCAGGCGAACUGACACGAGUCUCUUUAUUAAUUUCACAUUUCGAGCUUUUUACCCACUCCAAUUUUGACUUGUUCAUUCGAAAAAACCAGUCGUCAAUAAAAUUAUGCUAUUGUGGCAGAAGGCGACCAGGUCGCAGCAAAACCUGACCGCUUCGAUGGCGUCGGUGGCUGAAGAGGAAAGUCCCGGCUGCAGCCACAGCUCCUCACCUGGGCAUUUGGUCCACGCCGAGGAGGAGCCGCGUCACUGUCCGAUGGCCAGCUCAGACGAAGAGGAUCUCGAAAGCCCUGUUGAAGACGACAAGAACGACGAGUAUGAUGCGGAGAACCAAUGCGAGAGAUGCAUUCCAUUCAGCAGUAUUUAUUUAGAGCCAGUGAAAAUCAAGGCGCCAGCAGAAAAAGUCUUCAUACCUGGCAAGGAGAUCAAAGUCAGAGUGGUCGAUUGCGAACGCAACGCAACCACUAGAUGGCAAAACCCAAACGUCUACACUAUCGAGUUGCAACAUGCCGAGUUCACAUGGACCAUCAGAAAGCGCUACAAACACUUUUACCAUCUGCACCAGCAGCUACGCAUUUUCAGGGCUGGUCUCACAAUUCCCUUUCCAACCCGGACACAUCGGGAAAGAAGGGCCAGUUUUAAAGAGGACGCUGGUCCUCGUCAUGGUAUUUUUCGGCUUCGGCGUGUCAGACCUUUGCCCAGGCUUCCUUCAAUGCCCGAUGCUGAGGUCAAACCUGAACAAAUGGCCCAAAGAAUGAAGGAGUUGGAGACAUACCUUGUAGGGCUGCUGAGAAUCAAAGUUUUCAGGAACCACGGAGAAACUAUGAAUUUUUUGGAAGUCAGCCCUUUAUCAUUUGUCGAUCAAAUGGGCUCUAAAGGCAAAGAAGGUCAUGUGAAGAAAAGGACCGGAAGUGCCCAAACAUCCGGCUGUGAUAUUCUAGGCAUUUUCAACCAAAAGUGCUGCCUAAGCUGUGGGAUGUUCUGCAGCAAACAGUUUGGUCGGUGGGGUCGCCGAUGGCUAUUUGUUAAAGACACAUUUGUUGGCUAUGUCGAUAUUAAAACUGGUGUUAUCAAAAGUGUGAUGCUGAUGGACCGACGCUUUGAUGCUGUCCAGUCCAGUGUUCCUCAGUAUCUGAAAAUCAGCAACAUGUCUAGAUCAAUCACCAUUGAUUGCCUAACUGAGAGGAAGUGCAAAGAGUGGGCAGAGUUUCUGAAAGGAAAAGUAGAGAAGACAGCGAUCGAUUUCACCAAGCCAAACCGCUACACGUCUUUUGCCCCAAUCAGAAGAUCAACAGAGGCGGCAUGGUUUGUGGACGGCGCUGGUUACAUGGCCGCAGCUGCCAAGGCCAUUGAGGCGGCCACCGAGGAAAUCAUGAUCGCCGACUGGUGGCUCAGCCCUGAAAUUUACCUCAAACGCCCUGCCAACACAGACCACACCUAUCGCCUGGACAAAAUGCUUGAGAGAAAAGCUGCUCAAGGUGUAAAAAUCUUCAUCAUGCUGUUCCAAGAAGUGAAGCAGGCUUUAUCUCUGAACAGUAAAUAUACAAAGCAAGUGCUCAUGUCCCGACACGAAAACAUCAAGGUCCUGCGCCACCCAACUCAUGCUAGAACAGGCAUUUUCCUAUGGGCCCAUCACGAGAAAAUCAUUGUCAUCGACCAGAAUUAUGCAUUUUUAGGUGGGUUGGAUUUGUGCUAUGGACGAUGGGACGACCACAAGCACAGACUGACUGACCUUGGACGUCCAGUAAAUGAAACUGACGGCUCAAACGGAACACACUUCCUACCGCACGCUCCGAAGUUGACUUCCAGCAAUCCUAGAGGCAAUAAAGUAACUUCCGUCUGGCAGCUUGCAAGCUCAACAAACCAGCUAAUCCGAUCCAUGUUCGAUCUCCGUGCCGAGGCCUCGCAAAACAAUGUGAACAAGAGUGUAGAAGUGGACGAAAGUAAAGAAGGCGAACCUGCUCAUCCGCAUAUGUUUGCCAUGGCUGUCCGAAUGAACAAAAUCAAGCGCCGCUUCCGCAGUUUUUACAAUAACAGUGUUACAGGGAAAGUCGAAAAGCGUGAGACUUUCAGAGAAACACUGCCCUCCAGUGGUGAAGAGUCUUCAGACGAAGAUGAAACUUUGGUGUUCGAAGAGACACUGGAUGACGCCGAAAUCGGUCAGGCAAAGUUGUGGCUGGGCAAAGACUACAGCAACUGCAUAGUCAAGGACUUUGUAGAUCUUGAGUCACCUUUUUCGGAUUCCAUAAAUCGAGAGCAAACGCCAAGAAUGCCAUGGCACGACAUUGGGGUGAUGGUGCAAGGCUUAGCUGCCAGAGAUGUUGCUAGGCACUUCAUUCAACGAUGGAAUGCUAUUAAGUUGGAAAAGGCAAAGAACAAAUCCGAGUAUCCAAACCUGCUGCCAAAGGCUAAUGAACUUAACGCCAAUGUCUUGCCUCUCAUCAGCAAGAGGUUGCCCAGAGUGACCUGUCAGAUUGUAAGGAGUGUUAGCUAUUGGAGUGCCAGUUUUCUGAACGCAAACGCCAUCGAACAGAGCAUUCAUGAGGCGUACAUCGACGCCAUCAGGAAUGCCAGCCACUAUAUCUACAUCGAAAACCAAUUCUUCAUCACACAGGUCAAGCCUGAAGAAGGCAAAGUGGAGAACAAAAUCAACCAGGCCCUCUUUGACAGAAUAAUUGCUGCUCAUCAGAAAAAGGAGAACUUCAGGGUUAUUGUAGUCAUGCCCCUCUUGCCAGCCUUUGAAGGCGAAAUGGGAAAAGCCACCGGUGGAGCUCUGCACACCAUCACCAACUACAAUUAUGCCUCAAUCUCCAGAGGCAAAGGUUCUAUUAUAAAGAAUCUCCUUGACGCUGGAAUCCAAACCCCCGAGGACUACAUAUCCUUCUAUGGUCUCAGAACUUAUUCCACGCUCAAGGACGAAUUGGUGAGUGAACUGAUCUAUGUGCACUCAAAGCUGCUCAUCGCCGACGACCGACUAGUUAUUUGCGGUUCUGCAAACAUCAACGACAGGAGUCUGCUCGGCAAUCGUGACUCUGAGAUUGCCAUCGUCAUUGAGGAUGAAGAGAUGAACGACUCAACAAUGGAUGGACGGCCCUACCAGGCCGGCCGAUAUGCUGGUACCAUGAGGAGGCGCAUUUUCCGGGAACACCUCGGCCUUUUGGAAACAGCAGAAGGAGACUCGCUGGUGCGAGAUCCUGUCUCAGACGAAUUCUACCACGGCCGUUGGAGGAAAACCGCCUCCAUUAAUACAGACACAUUUGAAAAGGUUUUCAACUGUGUUCCGUCAGACCAGGUUAGAAAUUUCCAGCAGCUUACAGAAAUCCAAUCGAGCACCCCUCUCAGCCUCAGGGACAAAACUGGGGCUAUAACUUGCCUCAAUGAUAUCAAGGGACACCUGGUGAACAUGCCGCUUAACUUUCUUUGUGAAGAAAACCUGGCACAGGAAAUCAGUUUUGUUGAAGGAAUCAUGCCUUCGACCCUUUGGACCUAACAUAAGAAACAAGCCACAGCCGUGAAUCAAAUCAUCACAUUUUAAAACAAAAUAUUUCAGAAACAAUGCCAAUGUGCAGUACAAAUUUACAAGCACACUUUUCCAAGAAAAUGCAUUUUUAAACGACAGAACGGGUUGAAUAUUUCCUAAACACCGCACAAUAUUUUAUUACCAUUAUUAAUUAUUUUUGUUGCUUUUUCUUCCAUAGAAUGUAGAAAUAUUAUUGCAAUUAAAGAAGAUUAUGAAUGAUUAAAUUAACACCAAAAGUUGUGAUUACCCAGCCUCAUUUAAUAUCAAUUGAUUAUUGUUAUUCUUGUGAUUGCCUAUUGCUUCUACCAAAACUAUUUUUUCCUAUUAUACAUAAAUUCUUAUUUUAUAAUUUGGUUAUUUUUAUGUGAAUUUUAUGGUUAUAUUUUAUAGAAUAAAAAGACUUUGAUGUUC